AUGUCCGAUCAAUCCCUUUCCACCACGACUUCUCCAACCUGUGCGAAAUGCCACAAGAUACGAACCUCCCCACAAACAGAUCGAAACCCAGACUCGCUGGCAAAAUACAAAACCUGCGAUGAGUGCAGAGACAGAAACAAACUGUACAAAAAGAACCAAAAAUUGCGGAUGUUGGAGAAGUUGAACAGCAUAGGCUCCGAGACUGGGUAUCAAACGAGACAGUCGUCGAUUCUGGAUCCCGUGGACUACGAGCUCUCCAAGGAAACUCUUUUUGAAAAGGAUUUUUCCAACACCGCACGAGUGAUAGAUACAAGAGCAGACUUCAACGGGUUCUUGGAGGGAUUAUCGCGAAAUGCGUUUGAGGACGUUGCUUCGCUGAAGUUCAAAGGGAAGGUUCCACAGUAUGUUCUGCAAACUCUUGGAGACAGAAACCCGUUGUUGGGGCUGUUUCUUCACCCGAAUUCGAAUUACGAGGAUAUGGAAGCUGUGGGUGCCAUGAAGGAGAUUUUCAAGAAUGGUUUGCGGAUUCACUACAUCGCACGGAUUCAAGACGUGCUUGAAAAGGCCGGCUAUAGGUUCACGGGCCGGUCCACCAAAUGGAAAGGAACGCGCUAUUAUUCGCAAAUGACGUGUACCAGAGAUUCUGCAAAUCUCAAACCUGACCAUAAAGAGAAUACUGCCAGUCGCAGCUACGAUUGCAAUUCGAGAUUGAAUCUCUCGUACGAUGCCUAUGCUGGAACUCUUGGGUUAGAAUACAGUCACCGGCGCCACAGUGCAGAUGCCAGGCCAGCAAUAAAAGUGCCUGGAAUGGCAGAAGAGUUAACGGAAACGCCUCUGUUGGGAUCGUUCGCGUCGAAGCUGAACGCUCUUCACAGUGGGGAGUGGGGAACAUGA